ACCGUAGUAUAAAAGCUUCAAAAGAACUUCGUGCAAAAAUUUCCAAACAUGUGUCUCUGUCUUGGACCCCCAAAAUCUGGUAAGACUUUUCUCCUCAAACGUUUACAUGGAGACAGCAUUGACGUUGCAACUCCUACUGUACCCACAAACGGAAUGAAUCUCUUCACAAUCAAAAAUUCUGACGGUCAUUUCGACAUGAUCGUGAGAGAGCUUGGUGGCAGCAUGGCACCAAUUUGGAAGCAUUACUUCGACAGGGUGGGCAAAAUUAUCUACGUAAUCGAUGCCAGCAAUCUCUGUCAGAUUAGUGCUGCUGGUGUUUUAUUGUACUCAUUACUGGUUGAACCGCGACUUCAGAAUGUGAAAAUUGCCUUGGUUCUCAACAAAAUGGACCUUUCCUAUCGGCAAAUGAGAAACGAAGCUCUGUUAAUGCUACAUUUUACUCGUUUGCAAAAAGAGAUCCCGCAGAAGAUACGUAUUAUCGAGACGAGCGGAAUGACUGGCGAAGGCGUUGAGGAAUUACGCGAAUGGAUGUUCGAUCCGGAUACUCUGAAAGCAGCAACAAUUGCUGCCGCCAACAAGUAGUACAAAACUUCAAACCGUUUAUGUGAAACGUUAAA